UAAAAAGGAGCAGGCAGGCACUGGCUGGCUGCUGUCGGGCUCCUGCUGAAGCAUCUGAGACACUGCCGGGCUGCUUCCUCUCACCUCUCGGCCCCUCUGGAUUUUGACCCAUUGGCAUCCAGCAUGGCACGCCCCGGAUUGCUGCUCUGCCUGGUGGCUCUCUCCAGCUGGAGCAUCCUGCAGGUGACCGGCUAUUACCAGGUCAUGGACUGCUGCCUGAGCACCAGCUCCCAGCGCAUCCCGUCCAGACUGGUCCGCGGUUACCGAGAGCAGCAGAUCCAGGAGGGCUGCCCAGUCCGGGCUGUGGUGUUCAUCACCAUAAAAGGGAAGCAACUCUGCGCGCCCCCCCAUGCUCUGUGGGUGAAGCAGCUGAAACGGCGGCUGGAUCACCACCACCCCAAGAGUCCGUCUUUGACUUCUUCCUAAAGUGCCUGGAGGAGACACCUCAGAUAUCUGUUCAGGACAACGACUGGAUUCACUGGCCAGUUUGCCCUCUUGGGAAAACACGACUUUGGCCGCUGCUGCUUGAAACUCUUUCCUGUGCUGCGCUGUCUGCCAUUAGUUGCAGAUGUACCUCUUGUUGGCUGAGGUAAAAGCCACCCUGAGUGGUGUAUCUUAGAAGAAUGUUGUGAUAUAAAUUUCCUGAAUAAAUUACAGAAAUAAAAGCUCUCUGGCAUUUGAUCUGCUAAAACGGUUCCAAACCACAGGAAAUCCCUCCCAGCUGGGCUCAGGUACUGUUGGCCACUGUUCUGGAAUCCCGUAUCAGGCAUCUGACGAAGAGAGCUGUGGUUCUCGAAAGCUUAUGCUACAAUAAAAUUGGUUAGUCUUAAAGGUG